GUCCUGAUUACCUCCAUCACCACUCAACACCGCCCGUCUCCUCUUCCUCUCUGUGAUGGUGAUGAAGAUGAUGUGACGCUGUGGAAAACCAAUCACCAGGGAAGAGAGGUGUGGCUAGAGAAAGAGCUCAGAGCUGAUCGAUGCUCAGGACUGAGGAGGAAGAAUAGAUGACAGGGAGGUAGAAGAGGGUGGGGGAGGCCUUGUCCGAGUCGAGGAGUGCCGACAGCGGAUUAAUAGAGGAGGAGGAGGAGGGAAGAAGCUGUCGCCUGUCAAAGGAGGAUCCACCUGUGCUGUCAUGGACAAAUACCGACCGAAGAGACCAACCAGCCUGAAUCUGUUCCCACAGCUCCCACAAGCUGGCACCCAGGACUCCAUCAACAAUAACUCUUUGGGUAAAAAGGACAGCUGGAAAGACUCCCACUCUUCCUCCCCACACAUUACAGGAGAUCCAGCAUCUCAGGAUGCUCAGCCAAAAACAGAGGACAAGGUCCGGCCCACAGCUCAGCGCCGGCCAGCACCAAAACCCCCCACAGCUGGGGGCAGAAACAACAUUCAGGCUGCCCCCUUGGCUGCAGACGCACGAGUCCGACCACGAGAAAGGCCGUCGUCUGCAGCCACCCAGCCCUGCAGCACACCGAGGAGUCAGCGGAGAGCCGGCGGAGUGGGGGGAGGUGGGAGAGGGGGAGGGAGAGGUGCGAUGAGGGAGAAGAAUCUUGGAGAGCUCAGGGGAAAUGGGACGGAGCGGAGAGGGGGACGGCUGUGUGAGGACAAGGCAAAGGACAAAGACAGGAACGGACAUCAGAGGCAGAUAAAUGGGCUGAAAGGCCGGGCGGCUGAGGGGAGAGGAAGAGGAGGAGUGAAGGUGAGCAGCAGAGGAGGAGGAGCAGGCAUCAGAUCCAACAAGUUGUCCAACCAGGAGGUCUAUCUGCCUGCUAUGGUGGUUCCACGCACACCUGUAGCAGCAAGAAGCCAGGAGAAGAACCAGAACCAAGGUCAAAACCAUGACAGAAUCCAGGAGAACCCCCCUGCUGCACUGUCCCGGUCCAGCAGCGGGGGGGGGUCCAACAGGAUGUCACUGAGCUCAGAUACAGAGGGGCCCCCUCCAGGACCUCUGCAUCCCUCUACGUCCUGCAGAACCAACCCGGACAUCCGUGAAGAAGAUGGGGAAGGAGAUCCGACACCCUGUGCACCGGUCCAGAGCAACUCCAGCUCCAUCCCGAUAGGCAAGGACAAACCAGAGACGGACUGUACUGCUUUAGAGGCAGGCACAGGUAGGGACAAAGCUGACGAUACAGUGGACGCUGAGUUGGACCGGACCCAACCAAAGAAUGAGGCUGCAGCCGGGCUUAAUUAUGACUCCAUUAAAUACACCCUGGUGGUGGACGAGCAUGCUCAGCUGCAGCUAGUCAAGCUGAAGGACUGCCGGCAUGGAUACAACGAGCACAACGAGGACAGCGAUGCAGAGACGGUCUACCAGUCAGCCAAUGAGGAGGAAGACCCCGAGUACGAGGAGGAGAAGAGGAAGAGCGAGGAAGCAAGAAAGUUAGAGAGAAGAAAAGAGGAGGAGAAACACAGAAAAGAUGAAGAGAAGAGAAGAAAAGAAGAGGUAGAGGAAAAGAAAAGGAAGGAAGAGGAUUUAAGGAGAAGAAGGGAGGAGGAGGUGAAAAGAAGGAGGGAAGUAGUUACAGUUGCGAGGGUCUGCAAGCAGUCCAUAGUAUCGUCGGCCACAACUUCAGAGGAAGAGGAUUCUAACAGAGGGAGAGGUCCCAGGAGCAGGAAGUUCCUCAACCUGUUCUCCACCAAUAGCAGCCCAUACAGCUCCACAGGUGCUGGCUCGUUCGGUGUGUUCUCCUGCGUUUUGAACGGCGUGGAGAGGCAGCAGAGCCACCGGGCCGUCUACAGGUUUGUCCCCCGCCACGCAGACGAGCUGCAGCUGGAGACAGAUGACCCAGUCCUGUUGCUGAAGCAGAGCGAGGAUCUGUGGUGUCAGGGCUACAACAUGAGGACCGGGGCCACUGGCAUCUUCCCAGCCUUCUACGCCGUCAGGGUGCCCAAAGACGGGAGCUACGUCCAGAACCAUGGCUGGACGGAGCAGUUUGUGGUGCGAUUUCUGGGAUCCGUUCAGGUCCCUAUCCACAUGGGCAACGAUGUCCUCUGUGCAGCGAUGCAGAAGGUAGUGUGUAACAAACGGUCAGCCGGUCAACUGCCGUCGGCGUGUGUGCUGGAGGUCAGCGUGAAGGGUGUGAAGAUGAUCGUUCAGGACCAGUGCCACUCUGCUCAUCGGGGAGACCAGUGUUUCCAUUUCUUCCAGUUGAAGAACAUCUCAUUCUGUGGCUGCCAUCCCAAACACAGCAGGUACUUUGGAUUCAUCACCAAACAUCCCGACCAGCAGCGCUUCGCCUGCCACGUGUUGAUGUCAGACACCACCUUACAUCCCCUGGCAGAGUCUGUACGGAGGGCGUUCCAGCAGUACUACAAGGAGCACAUUGGAUACUCCUGUCCCACUGAGGACAUCUUCAUCGAAUAAACCCUCCACCGCAGACUGAAGACUCACUAUGUGCAUGUAAGCCUGGUCUUACACCCAGACAGGACCACCAGUAUAUCCUCUCUGCAUGGUGGGUUUAUUCAGAGUUUGGCUGCAUCAGAAGAGACGGCGAGGUCCACCUUUGUUUGUCCGAGUUAUUGGGUGAAUCCCUCUGAGGACGGACAGGACCAAAACAACAAAACACACUAAAACGUCCCCCAACAAUCACUUUAUAUUCAUGCAUUUAUUAACAGAAAUUAUUUACAUGUACCCAUGCUUAGAUAUUUUACUCAAUGAGCAUUUACACCCACCGUUUAAAGCUACGGCAACCACAGAUAACAACUUUAGUCACAGAGAGACUCAACUAGAGGCAAAAAGUAUUACAUGUACACAAGAUAACGGCAAAGAUACUUUAAAUGAACAGCUUUAAAGGUUGGAAAUAACUGAGAAGACAAAGAAAACUGAGUCAAAAUACAUCCAAACAAAAGAGACAGAAAAAGUUCAAAGCCACAGCUGCUUUAGUUUAAUGUUGCUGCAGCUUAAAGGCCCUUAAACGGGUCUGAAGUCACAUGAUCCAAACGCAGUCCCUGUCAGAAGCUUCUGCAGUAACACAAAUGUUUUUUAUGGCUUUCACAUUUUUAACACUGAAAAAAAACAAAAACAAAACAAGUUAAAUAAGCUAAAGUUAGUCUCAGCCACAUGGGAGGGUUUUCCAGCAUGAACGCCCUCUGUAAGGUCACGCCACAGCAUAUCAAUCGGAAUUAAAGUCCAGACUUUGACUAGGCCACUCCAAACCCUUCAGUCUUUCAGAGGUGGACAUUCUUGCAUUUAUUGUCCUCCUGUGUAACACAGUCCUCAUCACUUCAGAGAACGUCUUUGGGAUCAUUAAGUUAUUUUUUGGCUAGUGUGAGACGGGCUUCUGUGUUCCUUUGGGUCAGCAGUGGUUCUGGCCUUGUAUCUCUCCUACGGAGGCCAUUUUUGUCCAGUCUCUCCUUCUUAUUGUUGAAUAAUGAACUCUGACCUUGGGUGGAUAGUUUCAGUGUUGCUCCUUCUUCUUCCUAAUUCUGUCAGACAUGCAAGAUAUAUAACUUCUGGACCAAAUCCUGCCUGGUGGCGACCCGUUCUUGUCUUCUCAGACCUUGGACUUGAUCCCAGUUUGUUGUCUUCUGUUUCUCCACCUGGUUUUUGAGAACUAAACACAGGUUCUCAUUGGGGUUCAAAUCUGGGAGCUUUAAGACCACAGGUCCAAAAUCUCAUUGUUCUCACUUUAGCUUUGUGGGAUGGUGCUCCAUAUUGACAGAACAUCUGAUGAUCAUCUCCAAACUCUUCAUGAACUGUUGGAAGAAAAUACUUUUGGAGGACUUUUGAUCCACCUCUACUUGUGGCAAUGUUUUUGGGCAAAGUUGAGAACCAACUCCACACAUGGAUUGGAUACAGGCUCCACCUUUGACUCAUGGUUGCUCUCAGCUUAUCUUCUCCAGAUGUCCUAAACAAUCAGACGAAGGAUUCAUCAGAGUAAGGAAUCUGCACCUGAUCACUCUGCACAAUAAUCUGAGAACAAAGUGAACGUCCAGCACAGAAACUGAAGCUGUAGAGUUUUGAGAACAACAUUUAUGCUGCUGCAGAAGAUUUAGGAGCAUGGCUGUACAACCAGAGAUGUUAUUAACUACCUUGUGGACAUCAAGAACAUCUGAGAAGUUCCUCAGCUCUGAUUCUUCUUUCAGCUAUAAACUAUCUGAAAUUUAACUUAUUAGCUUGAGGUGUUUUACUGAAACAAACAUUAAUAACAAAACAUCAGUAAAAUGUUACAGUUUACUAUUUGUCACCAGAACUUAUCAAAACAAAACAUCAGAAUUAAGGUCAUGAUGUUUUAUUUCAGUUAACAGAGAUUUACAUGGUUUUUAAUUUAAAUUUAGCAUGAAAUCAAAUCAGCAUAAAAUUUGUGUCCGAAUGUUUGGGUGCAAUGAAAAUCUCCAUCAAACAACUAUAUUCAUGAUUUUAAUAACAGAUAAAUAGAUUUCUAACAAAUAGAAAUGGUGUUUGUAAGGGCCUGCAGCUGAAGCUUCUCUAAAAGCUCAGGAUGAAUCACCAGAGCAGAUCUGCAUCUCCACAGUAAUGGAAGCCUUCAUCUGAUCACAGAACCUGGACCUGCUUGUUUCCUUGCACAUUAUGAUGUUUCCAAAAAACACAGAUUCUGUAUUUUCUAACGUUUAGACUCGACAAUCUGCUGUUUUAAUGGUGAAGGUGCCUCAUUUGUUAGCUUCUUUCAGUUUGCUUCCAAACAUGUCUGCAAACCUUCACAUAGGGUUCCUGCAGGUGGGCAACGAGUCGAGGCCGAAAUGGCUCUGUGCAAUCUGUGUGAGUGUGUGUGAGUGUGAGAGAGAGAUGGUGGAUGCUGUUCAAUCUUGUCUUCACAUCACUUCCAGCUGAUUUUUCUUCUGCUUUAUCUGCUCAAAUCUGGAGCGAAUGUUAAGCGUUCACUUGAAACAGAAAGGAAAACUUAUGACCAAACAGGGAAAGGUUUUGGAAAAGUCACAAAGAUGAAAUGCAAAACAACAUUUUGAAAGCGAGAUUACAAAAAGGAUGAAUUUAAAAAUGUUUCACAAAAUGCCAGAAUUAAUUAAGACAUAUGUUAGGGAAUAAU